UGCGGCCCCGCCCCGCCGGAGGGGGUUGCUAGGGGAAGUGACGUCACAGCGCCAUGGCGGCGGCUCCUUUAGGCAGCUGAAGGGGGAUUCAGGCCCGGAAGAUCCGAGUCCAUCCGCGGCAGGGAGAGGGCAAGCAGGGCCGGCAGGGGCCGGAGCAGCGGCGGCGGCGCUUGGACUGUCCCAUCCGCCCCGUAUUGAAGCGCUGGGAGCGGCGGGGCAACGGGAAGGCGAUGGUGAAAGCGGGGCCGUGAGGGGGGCGGAGCCGGCAGCCGGACCCGCAGUAGCGGCAGCAGCGGCGCCGCCUCCCGGAGCUCAGACCCAGGAAGCGGCCGGGAAGACAGGAGCGAGCCGGACCGCCGCCGCCAUGGAGCUGAGAGUCGGGAACAGGUACCGGCUGGGCCGGAAGAUCGGCAGCGGCUCCUUCGGAGACAUCUAUCUCGGUACGGACAUUGCUGCAGGAGAAGAAGUUGCCAUCAAGCUUGAAUGUGUCAAAACCAAACACCCUCAGCUCCACAUUGAGAGCAAAAUCUACAAGAUGAUGCAGGGAGGAGUGGGCAUCCCCACCAUCAGAUGGUGCGGGGCAGAGGGGGACUACAACGUCAUGGUGAUGGAGCUGCUGGGGCCAAGCCUGGAGGACCUCUUCAACUUCUGUUCGAGGAAAUUCAGCCUCAAAACUGUCCUGCUGCUUGCCGACCAGAUGAUUAGUCGCAUCGAAUACAUUCAUUCGAAGAACUUCAUCCACCGGGAUGUGAAGCCGGACAACUUCCUCAUGGGCUUGGGGAAGAAGGGCAACCUGGUGUACAUCAUCGACUUUGGGCUGGCCAAGAAGUACCGGGACGCGCGCACCCACCAGCACAUCCCCUAUCGAGAGAACAAGAACCUCACGGGGACGGCGCGGUACGCCUCCAUCAACACGCACCUUGGAAUUGAACAAUCCCGAAGAGAUGACUUGGAGUCUCUGGGCUACGUGUUAAUGUACUUCAAUCUGGGCUCUCUCCCCUGGCAGGGGCUGAAGGCCGCCACCAAGAGACAGAAAUAUGAAAGGAUUAGCGAGAAGAAAAUGUCCACCCCCAUCGAAGUGUUGUGUAAAGGCUACCCUUCUGAGUUUGCCACAUACCUGAAUUUCUGCCGUUCCUUGCGUUUUGACGACAAGCCUGACUACUCGUACCUGAGGCAGCUUUUCCGGAAUCUGUUCCAUCGCCAGGGCUUCUCCUACGACUAUGUGUUCGACUGGAACAUGCUGAAAUUUGGUGCCAGCCGGGCUGCCGACGACGCCGAGCGGGAGCGCAGGGACCGAGAGGAGCGGCUGAGACACUCGCGGAACCCGGCCACCCGCGGCCUCCCUUCCACAGCCUCUGGCCGCCUUCGGGGGACGCAGGAAGUGGCUCCCCCCACACCCCUCACCCCUACCUCACACACGGCGAACACCUCCCCCCGGCCCGUCUCUGGCAUGGAGAGAGAGCGGAAAGUGAGUAUGCGGCUGCACCGCGGGGCGCCCGUCAACAUCUCCUCCUCCGACCUCACGGGCCGACAAGAUACCUCUCGCAUGUCCACCUCACAGAAUAGCAUUCCUUUCGAACACCACGGCAAGUAGCUGCUCGUCUCCCAUCGGAAGGCAGCACUGGAUUCCUGGUCGGGUGGCUUCCAGUGGUCUUCAGUCUGUCGUGCACCGAUGAGAACUCUCCUUAUUGCUGUGAAGGGCAGACAAUGCAUGGCUGAUCUACUCUGUUACCAAUGGCUUUACUAGUGACGCGUCCCCCGGUCUAGGACCGAAAUGUUAACACCGGGAGCUCUCCAGGCCACUCACCCAGCGACGCUCAUGGGGGAAACAAACUAAACGGACAGACUCCGAGAGCUGCCACCGCUGGGGCUGCACUGCAGCCCCCCCACGUGAACUCGGUUGCAAAGGGGCUGGGAAGAAAAGCAGAGAGAAUUGCAGAGAAUCAGACUCCCUUUCCAGGGCCUUUCAGCUCCCUCCAGUGGUGGCCGCCCUGUACCCCCCGACGAUUCCACUGUAACUACCAAUCUUCUACUUGGUUAAGACAGUUUUGUAUCAUUUUGCUAAAAAUUAUUGGCUUAAAUCUGUGUAAAGAAAUCUGUCUUUUUAUUGUUUCUUUCUUGUCUGUUUUUGCGGUCUUACAAAAAGAUGUUGACUCUAGGGAAUCCUGAGACAGACGCUGGCUUGGAGUUUGUGUAGGAAGUGGAGUCAGGCAGGGAGAGGGUGCAGGCGGAUCUCAAGGGUGUGUGUUGUGUUUGUUUUGCAGUGUUUUUGUUGUCCACUUUGGAGAGGAGAUUUCUCAUCAGAAGUCUGUGGUGUGUGUGUGCAUGGAUGUGGUGGGACCUCUUUUACCUGGUUUUGGGGUCUCACCCUCCCUCCUCCUAUAACUGAAAUGAAAUGCCUGGCGUCAGGAACUCUUGAGGCCCUCAGAGAGCAGUUAGGGCCUGCAGGCUGCCUCGGAGCAGGGGUGCGGUGGGUGUUACCAGGCAAAGCAAUGCCUCUUCUUCCCCGGGAAGUGGGCAGGCAGCUGGAACUCUGAAGAACUUGGAAGCAGAGGCUUUGAGACCCUAGCAGGAUUAGUUGGGAGUCCCAGGAUUAAAGGUGGAAGAUGUGUUUCUGGUCCCUUGGGAGCGGAUUGUUAACCGAGAGGCGCGUGUGGUUAUUUUGGUGUUUGUUGCCUUGCUGCCUUUGCACUUGAUAAGUUUUCUUAACAGACUGUAAAUGCUCCCGUGCCGAUUGGCACCCAAUCUGUGUGUGUGCCUGUGCUCAAAACCAGCAGCGGGGCUGCCCUCGCCAGGUGCCAAGACUAGCUCAGAAAAGCCGGCGGGCCGAAGGGACUCGCCCUGAGGUGCCAAGGAGCAGGUGACUCUCCCAACCCGACCCAAAACCUCCGCGUUGGGGAAGUAGGGUCUGCGCUCUUCAACCUUAUGUUGGGCGCGUGUCCGUAGGAAGCGAAGCAGCGUCGUGGGGCUGAGUCCCAUCAGAAGGCAGGCGACCUCCGUGAGCUGGUGCUGCACCGGGCUCACGCUGCUGUGCUCUGUGGUUCCCGGGAUGCCUUCUCACCUCUCAUUCCGUAGCAGUCGGGUGGUAGCCAGUGGCCGUGCACUCCUGAUCCAGACACGCAGUGCAGUGUGUGUUCGCAGGCACUCCUCCAUCGCCCUGUCAUAGAGGACAUUCCCUUUGGACUCGGGGGCCCCGAAGGUGUGCAGCUUGGUUCUUCCCUCCCUUCCCCAGAGUUCCCCGGAUGCCGUAACUGGUAGGCAUCCCGUAACACAGUUGUGCACUGUCCCAGCCGGCUGGCCGUCUUGUCUGAGCCCGUGGGUGCUUUCUGAAUCCUAAGCUGGUUACCUUGUAAGCAUUUUGGAGUGCAGGGCCUUGAGCAGGUGGGGGCUGUGUGUCUGGAAGUACAGAGGGAGGUUGGGGUGGGUCAGAGCCGAGUUAGAGAUUUUCUUUGUUGCUUGAUGCCUUCCUGAGGGUAGCUGUCUCCCACCCAGCAAGGCGUUGCGGCUGUGGCCUGAAGUGGCGCAAGCUUGCUUUGUAAAUAUCCGUGGUCCUGAUGUAGUGCCAGAACAUUUGUGCAAGGCAGCUCUGUGCCCGGGCUCCAGCCUGAACCUUGCUGGGUUGUGUCCUUGGAGCGUGGUAGUGACAGUCCGUGCCCAGUAUCUAGUCCCCAUCGUCCCGUGCAGGAAACGUAGGUAGGACGUCCGUGUCGACCUGUGCUCUGGCGACCAGUCUCCAAGCUGUGCGUUUGUAUGGCCACUGUAUUUGUGUACUUUAACAACUGUGUAAAUAAUAAAUUCAUAAUGACUUCUACCUUUC